AUGCAGAUGUUAUAACAUAAUGAUAAUAUAAUUUUCUACAGUACAAAUGUUUUUGAAAUCCUACUGCCUCACAUGUAAAUGUAUCACUGAAUUUUGUCACAUGAUGAGCAGCAAAAUUGCAGGUAACCAUUAUCAGCGUGCAUUUAAAUGAUCUCAUUUCACAACGGCAUUCAUAAAUUAAAAAUUUUUCGUGAUUGAACAGUGUCACAUUCGCUCAUGCUCAAUCUCACCUCCUCUCAUCUUUAAAUCUCAGACGGUAAUCUCAAAAUAACCCUAAUCCAGAAUAAUCCCGCUCUCUAGGGGCUUUAACCCAGUAAAGAGCAGGAGUCCACUCAUCAGCUGCGUGUGUGUGUGUGUGUCCCAGAUUUUCCCUCCUAGUGAUCUCACACACUCUAUCAGGUUCAUUUUUGGAAUCUGAAGGUAGAACGGAUUAUUGGUUUGUCAUGUUAUGUGCCACAGUGACUGCGUUUGUGUUUAUAUUUUAUGAAUGUGGCCUGAAUUCUAUUAAAGAAAGAGAUGCCGAGUCGCACACACUUUCACAUGCACAGUUCAUUAAUGUUUAAACUCACUCUCCUCUAAUGGCUUUCUCCUCUUCGUGCAGCAUACACAGACUAAAACGUACAUUCAAGGAAAAACACCCUCUUUUUCUACACUUCGUACUGUAUUUUUGACCACACACAUGCCUAUUUUUAUCUCUGUUGGGGUUUACAAAGAUGAAUCUGGGGCGUAUUUGAUUGACAGGGAUCCAAUGUAUUUCGGGCCUGUACUGAAUUACCUGAGACAUGGAAAGCUGGUCCUUAACAAGAACCUGACAGAGGAGGGAGCUCUUGAAGAGGCGGAGUUCUACAAUAUCACAUCGCUAAUUAAACUAAUCAAAGACAAGAUCAGUGAAAGAGAUGCCAAGACUACACACACACCGGUCAAGCAUGUUUACAGGGUGUUGCAGUGUCAAGAAGAGGAACUUACUCAGAUGGUCUCAACAAUGUCGGACGGAUGGAAGUUUGAGCAGCUUGUCAGUGUAGGUUAUGGGCGGGCCCAGAAGUCAGAGUUUUUCCUGAUUGUGUCUCGAGAGGUGAAGUGGGAGGAGCCAAGCCAAACUCACCCCGUCCACAGUGGAGAGUUGGUCAGUAUCGGCUCCUCAUAUAAUUAUGGUAAUGAAGAUCAGGCGGAGUUCCUGUGUGUUGUUUCUAAGGAGCUGCACAACCAAUCAUAUUGCGCCAACAGCCAACCUAGUGAGAAAGCUAAGAUUCUACAGGAGCGUGGUUCUAGAAUAUGAUAAUCUAGAACCCACAUGGUUUUAAGACAUAUCAGUUCUUUCUAGAACUUUCCAUGUGCUUGUUCUCUUCACGCCUCAAAAAGCAUGUACACUGGCACAUCGGACGUCCGAAGCACUCAAACAACACUUGAGGAGCAUGUCAUCUGUAAAUGUGUCUUUAUGGUGCCUGUCAAUUUGAAUAAAAACUGGAACACUUUGUUUUGAUCUACACAGAUUCAGAGACAGUUGUUGACUGGUUCUGAUUCUGUCUGGUCAGGAUUUGGAGAACUGGACCAAUAUAAAUCUCAGGGAUCAAAUGGAAAUGCACACUACACUCUCAGUCACAAAAUCAGUAGAAUGGACAUUUAGAGUCUAUAUACAUGUAAUAAUUCCAGUACAUCCCGAUAGAAAUGUCCAGGACUAGUUUUAGUCUUGUGGUUUGCAUACACAAUGAAGAGAUAACAAUAGUGAUUUGAUAAUCAGUAAUACUGUUGGUGCAAUAGCAUCAUGGUUUAGCACUCAUUUUAAUCUUUCAGUGUUUAAUGCAAGGUUGUAGGAGUAAGAUUUCCUAGCAUCAAGAUUUUAUCUUUAAAAAUUUUUUUUUACAUUUUACUGAUGCAUGAAACCCCUAGGAAAUGCUGUUUUAUUUAUAUAUUUUUUUUACUCCUUUUUUAUCAAAACAUUAUUACUUUUGCACUGCGGCUAUUUUUAUUAUUAUUAUUAUAUUUGUGCACUUGAUCUUAAAGGGACAGUGCUUUUUGUCUGUAAAACUAGAGGAAAGGCAAGGAUGCAGAAAGCAUUUGAAAAUGAACGUGGUGGUUAAAGGGUUGUGUGUAGAAUAGACAGUCAUUCUGUCCAUGGUAAAUAAACUUGAUACACUCAAAGAAAUUUAAAUAAAAACAUCUUCAAGUUUAUAUCAGAUCUUCCUUGUCCAGACCUGGCACAUUUUGAUUUAUUGAAAAAUCGCUGUUCUAUAUCCUAUAAGCUAAUAUACUGUACACACAUUUGUGUGUAAUGUUUGAAAAUGCUAACUCUAAGUCUGACUAUCUAAAUGAAUCACACCAGUUUUACUGCAGCUUUACUGCUAAAUCUCACAUCGCUGAUUGUAGCCAACACACACCCACAUGCUUUUAAGAUAA